GUGGCCGCUAUUCCUCACUCCCCCUCUCUCCCAUAUCAAUUCCUAAUGGAGUCGGAGGAUCAGUACUUCCACCUUUUGCCGGAGCUCCGGCAGCUCAUGCUUCUCAGCUCGAAGCCACCCGUCUUCUCCGGCGCCGCUUCCGACCAUCUCUACUCGAUACCUCCUCAACUUCGAUCUCCGCCGCCACCGCCACCGCCGCCGCUGCAACAUCCGUCGCCAAUCUCCGCGAACAACGGCGGGAUUCGUUCUUCGCAGAGCCGGUGGCCGAAGCAGGAGACUCUCACUCUUCUUGAGAUUAGAGCUCGGCUUGAUCCUCAGUUCAGGGAGGCUGGCCAGAAAGCUCCCUUAUGGGACGAGGUGGCCAGGAUAAUGACAGAAGAGCAUGGGUAUCAAAGAAGCGGGAAGAAGUGCAGAGAGAAGCUAGAAAAUCUUUAUAAAUAUUACAAAAAGACUAAAGAAGAUAAAAUUGGGAGACAUGAAGGCAAACACUAUAGAUUUUUUCAACAACUAGAAGCACUCUAUAGCCCCUCCUCCACCAACAUCAGCACCGCCACCACCACCGCUGCUGCCGCCGCCACCAUCAAAAGCUCCAAUACAUCCAACACUAAAAAACUGAACUUGAUUGAAAACAUGAAUGCUUUUAUCUUCUCAACUUCCUCCGAGUCAUCUGAUGAAGAGGAGGAGGAAGAAGACGAAACAUUAGUGGUUGAUAGAAACAGCUACAUCAGAACAAAAACUUGGAUUGAAGUGCUCAUAGAAUCUCAAGUGAAAAAAAUGUUGAUGAUGCAAGAAGCUUGGUUUGAGAAAAUGAUGAGAAGUUUUGAGCGAAUGGAACAUGAGAGGCUUCGAAGAGAAGAUGCAUGGAGGCAGGAAGAGGCAGCAAGGCAUGAGAGAGAGCAACGUCGGCUUGCGAGUGAACGGGCAUGGGCAAAAGCAAGAGAGGCUUCAUUGAUUAUGACUCUGGAGAAGAUUAUUCAACAGAGAGAGAGCAUGGGGCCGACUAUGAUUGGUGGGGGAGAAGAGAGUGAAGAGAUGCAAUGCGAUCAAAGCCGCAAUAUUGGUGCAUUAUGAAGGAAUUUUAAUUGGCAAGGGUGGUUCAUUUCUUGUUUUGCUUGUUGAAGAUUAGAACUUGAAGUGAUCUCUGUGGUAAAAAUUUCAACUUUAUAUUUUUUAUCAUGAUAUGUCAAUGUAUGAUUGGCCUACUUUUUAAGGAAUGG